CACCCUUCUUGGUGUAACUGUUGAAAUCUUUAAUGAAAAUUUUCUCUUCUGUCAUCAUCAAUAUGGUCCAACCUGUAAUUCUCUUAUUCAUCACUCUCUCUCUAUCUCUUUCCUCUUACAAACCAAAUCUUGAAACAAAAAAAGAAAACAGAGCAAACUUCUCUCUCUCUUUCUCUUGAGAGCUUCUUCCAUGUCUGAAACCAACAAAGCUUGACUCUAUCCUUUUAAAUUUUCUCCUUUCUCUCUUCUCUCUCAAACCCAUGAAAUUUUCUCGGGAAAAUAUGUUCCCGGAAAUCAAAACAACUCUGAGUUACCUCUCUCCUUCAUCACUUCCACGACCACCACCACCACUGGAACCAUCUUUAUCUCUCCGAUCCAACGGAAACUUCGAUCUAAACAGCAAAAUCAGUCCAAGCAUUCUCUUGAUAAUCAUAAUCCUAUCAAUCAUCUUCUUCAUCUCUGGUCUCCUUCAUCUCUUAGUCAGGUUCCUCCUCACACCGUCGAGCAGAGACAGAGAAGAUUACUUCGACAACGUUACAGCUCUUCAAGGCCAGCUUCAACAGCUUUUUCACCUCCACGAUUCUGGAGUUGACCAAUCCUUCAUCGACACGUUACCUGUUUUUCAUUACAAAUCCAUAAUCGGUCUCAAGAACUACCCUUUUGAUUGUGCGGUCUGUCUCUGUGAGUUCGAAACAGAGGACAAGCUUAGGCUUUUGCCUAAAUGCAGCCACGCCUUUCACAUGGAUUGUAUCGAUACUUGGCUUCUCUCUCACUCAACUUGUCCCUUGUGCAGAUCUAGUCUCCUCUCUGAUCUCUCUCCUCACAACCAAGAUCCUCGUUCUUCUUUCCUCCUCGUUCUUGAAUCCGCGAGUGAUCAUAGCUCGAGAGAGAUUGGAGACGGUGGUGCAGCUUGUGUAUCUGCAAAUGAUGAUAAUGAUGUGUCUAAUGCUCAUUCACAUUCCAAUUCUCAUAUGAGUUUUGUCGGAAACAAUGAUCUUGGAUUAACCCGGGUCGACUCGGGUCGUGACCCGGAUGGUGAAAUGGGUGGUUUGGUUGGAAAGGUUGUUCCUUUUGCGGUUAAGCUUGGGAAGUUUAGGAAUAUAGAUAUAGGUGAAGGUAGUAACAGCAACAACAACAUUGGUAAUAGUAGUAGUACGUUAGAUGAGAGGAGAUGUUUUUCAAUGGGAUCAUAUGAGUAUAUAAUGGAUGAAGAAACGGCUCUUAAGGUUCAUGUUUCUACCAAGAAACCAUCAAGCAAGAACCCUCGCUUGCCCGGUCACAGGACAGUUAUGUCCGAAUGCGGGUUUGAUCCAACAGGGAGAUUGAAAUUCAAUGGAAGUGGAUCAAUGAGAAUCGCGGAAGAAGGGACGACCAAGAAGAAUGUAGUAGAAAGAGAGAGCUUUUCAGUUUCGAAAAUUUGGUUAAGGGGGAAGAAGGAGAAGCAUAGUAAAGUUCAAGGCAAAGAGGAUGGUUCAUUGGUUUCUUCAUCUUCCGGAAGAACAUUCUCAUUCGGGUUAUCGAAUCAGCGGAAUCCUCCUGAUGCGAAGGUUGAUAGCGGUUGUGAAGAAGAUAAUCAAAAGAGAGAGAACUCGGAGUCUUUAGAGACAAAAACACCUUCUUUUGCUAGGAGAACUAUGCUUUGGUUAGCAGGGAGACAAAACAAGGUUGUUCAUUCUUCUUCUCCAUCUAAUGUCUAGUUUCUAUAUCUUUAUAUUUUUUUUCAAAUUUAGUUUUACUUUUUUUUCAAUUGUUUCUGUGUGUUAGUCUUCAUAAGUGCAAAACAGAUGAAUCAUUGUAGAAACGUGGUGUGGAGGAGAUAUAUAUAUAUAUAUUUUUAGACAUAGAUUGAAAACAUUUUGGUGCC